GGCUGGCGGUGUUAACAUCACGACCCAUAUUCGACACAUCAGUGGCGGCAUCGUCCUUGUGAGUUGUGACUGAGUUCCGUAAAGUGCGCACCGUACGUACGUACUCCUGUCGCCGACCAUCCGAUCCGAACUCUCAGUUUGUUCCGAACUUCCCGCGGUGCUCGCAACUCGCCGUGCGACCGAGAUCCUUUUAAAUACACAUCAUAACUAACAUCAAUAUGAUGUGGUGGGCGGUCUGGUGUGCGGUGGUGGCGGCCGGAGCGGGCGCAGCGUCGGCGCCGGCACCUGACUCCCUGGCACCCCUCGACCUGGUACAGAUGGACUCGCCCGCGCCCGAAGACGAGGGAAUCAACUACGGUGUGCCACCAAUGGGCAGUCGAUACGCAUCUGGUGCUCCCUGGCUGUACCUCCUCGCCGAGAUGCCGCGCGAAUCACAGGUAUCCAGAAGCGUGAGCCCUAUGCGCCCGCGCCGAUCAUUCACAGUGAAUCCGGCUGUGGACGUGCUUCAGAGAAGUGCAUACAACUCGUAUCUGGAACGGCUAGCUCAUAACAACAGGAACUUUCUAGAUCGCCUAGGAAAGAGAGCUCCUGCACACUUCACCGUACUGUCGAAUUGAAGAAAGAAGAAACUAAAAUGAUUAACCGAGCAACCGACUCGUCGAUAUUAAGUGAAACGCUUCAUGUACAAAUAUUGGUUAAUAAUAAUUAUAACUAUUAAUUAAUAAUAAAAAUCAAUCUAGUCGUAAAACACGUUCUCGUGUUCGAUCUCGAGAUUUUUUAAUAAAAUAAUAUGAUUUUGUUGUAUGUAUCUAUUUUCAUUGUAAAAUAUACUUACUUUACCUUUGAAACAUUUCGAGCAUUCCAUCCUCUAAGAUUACAAUGAAAGAUUUAUUUUGAACAGAAUACAGCAAUCAUUCCCGUAUCUGAAAUACUUAUACACAAGUUUCAACUAUUUAAUAAUGCUUACUCAAAUUCGUAAUCGUUGCUGGCGCGGCGCGGGUUUAAAGUUUGUUAGCAGGACGCUCAACGAUAUUCCAACUACGUUUCGGAGCUCAACAAUUCUAGCUAAACUUUACGAGUAGUUACUUACUAACUAUUUAAGUUUAUGGACUUCAGUUAUAUAGUGAAGUGAUACAGGUUAGUUCAGUUAAUUGGUUUCAUAAAUGGUGGACAUUAAGGUUGCAUAUUUGCAAAAGUAAAGACUGUUAAUUAAAUUCUGAGUUAUGAUUUUUUAAAGAAAAUAUGUAGGUAAUAAUUAUUUACCGUUCACCGAAGAUGAGAGAGUGCACAAACUUUCACGUGAGGAUAGUAAAAGUUUAUUAUUGAUGACGUUUCGAUAUCUAACGAUUCCUGCUAAAUGAUCCGUCGUAAGAUGUAGUUUAUUACAGUACCUAUGCGUAUUUAUACAUUUAUUUCA